UUCAAGAAACAAGAAAAAUGUCUGGAAGAGGAAAAACCGGAGGAAAAGCCAGAGCUAAGGCAAAGACCCGCUCCUCCCGUGCCGGGCUCCAGUUCCCAGUCGGCCGUGUUCACAGGCUGCUCCGUAAAGGAAACUACGCUCAGCGUGUGGGAGCCGGCGCCCCCGUCUACCUGGCGGCUGUGCUGGAGUACCUGACCGCUGAGAUUCUGGAGCUGGCUGGAAACGCUGCCCGCGACAACAAGAAGACCCGUAUCAUCCCCCGUCACCUGCAGCUGGCUGUCCGCAACGACGAGGAACUCAACAAACUGCUGGGCGGAGUGACCAUCGCUCAGGGCGGCGUGCUGCCCAACAUCCAGGCCGUCCUGCUGCCCAAGAAGACCGAGAAGCCCGCCAAGAAGUAAAUACCCGGAACCGGCUUCAACCAAACCAACAACGGCUCUUUUAAGAGCCACACACUUCCAACUAAAGAUAAAUCCUUACUUACUAUUUAUGUAUCGUGAAUGUAAUUAACGUUGUGUUGCGACAUUAAAUUGUAG